CGCGGACGGGAGAGAGAGAGAGAGAGAAAGAGAGAGAAGGAGAGAGGGAGAGGGGAAGGAAAGAAAAAAAGGAGGGGGGGUGUUCGCCAGGGGGAGUGCGAGGCCGCGGAGCGCGUGCAGAGCGCCGUCCCGCCCGUGAGUCAGCCCCCUUCCUCACGUGCAGGCGACGCCGCGCGCGCGCGCUCGGACUGGAGGAGGCGCAGCGGCUGGCAGCGGGCGCCCCUUUGCUAUAUCACGGCCCGCCCAGAGGCUCCAAGGCUCACAAGCUCCGCAGCCGCCGGCCAGGUUCGCGGGACUCUCUUCGCGGGAGCGUCUCCCUCUCUUUCUCUCUCUCUCUCUCUCUGUACGCCUCAGCGCGCGGCCGUUUUCCUCCUUUCGGGGAAGGAUCCCAGCGUCUUCGCCGACCCCGGGACCGGCGCCGAGAUGAGAGCCGCCUUCCCCGCGUGUCUGCUGGCCCUGCUGGCCUUGGCCGCCUCGACCCAAGGCCGAGUGGUGGGCGACGACCAGGCGGGCUUCGCCGAAUGCGACGUCUUCUUCUACCAGCAGGCUCCCCCCGCGGGCUUCCCGGCCGAGCAGGUGGCCAAGAUCUGCCAGAAGUACCGCGGGGAGCCGCGCUUCGCCACUCUCUACAGCACGCGGGAGAAGAUCCCGCUUUUCGCCGCGUUCCGGUACACCGAGGGGGCAGCCCCCGCCGGGCAGGAGGUGGAGGAGGAGGAGAAGGAGGAGAGGUGGCUAGUGGAGCCGCAGAUUGAUGACCCUGGAAAUAAUGAGGCAGAAAUGAUGCCGGAAGCUGAGAUUGCAGAGUCGGUGGAACAUCUGGGUAAAAACCAGGCCCUCAUGGCAGAUUAUGUAGACUCUGGCUAUGAGAGGGGGCGCCUAAACCCCAGCUCUCUUCAUAAGGACGAUCAUCACGUUGCCACCCACACACUGACCAACGCAGUGCCGCUCUCCCCUCCUUUCCAGGACCUUUGGCACUGGGAAGUAGAGCAGCUCGUCAGCCACAGUUUGGCUCCUCACUGUCAAAAUGGGAAAGAUCUUCAUCUCCUCUCCGGAGCAAUGCCUUCCUCUCUUAAGGUAAAGGACAAAAUUGCGGUCCCCAAAUUUGUCUGGCUGGCAGCUUGCUGUGACAAUGGUGCCGAGUCCUGGUCGGUGGGAUUUAUUAAAGAAGCCGAUGUUGAGAGUCGUCUGGAAGACCUAACGGUAGAAGCUCUCGAGAAGAAGCUUCCUGCAGGAGCCGAGCUGUUUAAGAACCACUGUGGCCACGAUCGACAGGAUCCUAAGAAGCUGAAGGCCGUGUUGCACUCGGUGAAGGAAGUCCAGGGGAAGAAACCAACAUGUGUGAAAAAGCCCACUCAAAAUAAGCACACCCAGACCGCCAAGGAGCAGAGUGGCUUUCUGAAGAACUUUUUUCAUUUUGUUGUUAGCCCUAUCUUGAAACUGCUUCAGUUUGUGUGGUAUCUGGUUUGCCAGCUUGUGAAAUGUGUGUGGUGUUUGGUAAAGUUCAUCGUCCAGAAGAUUUUCAGCGCAGUGUGCACCUUCAUCAAAGGGAUAACCGCCGCCCUGCUGGAUAUCUUUAUCUGCCUGGCCCAAGUGGGUGUCAGCAUCUUGAAUGGUAUUGCGAAGAACAUCUACAAUGUUCUCAUGGUGACCUACAGGAUUCUUAGCGUCCCCAUUAAUCUGAUCCUGGAUAUUGUGUCUUUCCCUUUUUACACUUUGGGUGCCAUUCCGGGUGUGCUCAAAGAUAUUGCUUCAGGCAUUGGGGGCUUAUUCUUAUUGGUCAUUGAUGCUACCACAAGUUUGGUGAAGGGCCUAAACCAUGUUGUGUCUUUCCUAGCUAAGAAGAUUCUUCCCACGACUGUUUUUUAAGAUUGACUCCAGAGAUUAUCUUCCAAAGCAAUACUUGUCCUCUAUAUUGCUUAUCUUCAGCUAUUCUUAAAUGUAUUUAUUGUGGUGACAUUUCCAGUGAUGAACCGAUGUUCUGGUAACAUGGGUGAGCUACGUAAACCUGAAAUGGGAAUUUAAUGGCGAAUUAAAAUUGCACUUAUUGUAAAACGUUGAACUUGUGGAGCUGUUGAACUUAUUGGCUUCCUAGCUUGUGUCCAGCCUUUUGAAAAACAUGGAACACACUGGAUCUGAGAUCCUGUUGACUAAAACAUUUAAAAUGUGAAUAUUGCAUUGUUCUUAGCAAGCAGUGGUUGCCCAAAUCUUUUGGUUCUCUGGAUAACCCAACAACCUCUAGUUGUGCUGGAUUGCAGUUGCCCUCACUUUCAACCAGAAUAAUCCUCCACUGUGCUGGGUAGAAAUUUUGGAUGUUGUAAUUCAAUCCUCUGGAGGACAUUGGGAUGGAGAAGGUCGAGUUUUAGAAUAUGGAAAGGAUUUUCCUGUGGGUGCGAAUGGUUUUUCAAAGAUUUUAAUGGUUUUGUAGGUCAAGUUUACCUUAGUACAAUGUUAGUACAAGUUUGAAUUCACUAACCCCAAAUUUAAUAAUGCUUAAAAUAUAAGUGUGAUUAGGGAGAAGGCCAUCUGCUUAACAUCCCAGUUACUGAGCCAUGGCUACUAAUAUAACUCAUGAUCUGUACAUUAUGCUUGCUUCAUUAUCUUCAAGGCAAGUAACAGGGAUAGUAAAUUAGGGCAGUAUUUUAGGAACCCAUCAACUAAAGUUUGCUGAAGAGAAAAUACAUUUCUAAAACGAAGAAGUGCAACAAGAUUGACUUAGUCCUUCAUUUAGUCCUUCAUCUCACAUUGGACAUAAAUGGGAUUCACACAUUCUGGUUGUUUAACUGGUUAAUUGAAUAAGCCACAAUUACCUUGUUUCACAUGACAGACUAAGCCCCUAAAGUAUGGUUUUUCAGAUUACAGUGUCUGGGUUCAUGUAAGCCAAACAAACCUCGGGCUUGAUCACGGAUAGUUGCCAGCAUGAGGUCACACUUGCCAUGAUGUCAUCAUACAAAUGAUGCUACUUGGAUAAUUAAUGCAAUUUGCAUGAUGACAUCAUGGCAUGGUCAUGCCAUUUGCCUCUUAGGAGGCCCACUACAAUUGCCUGCAUCAAGUUCAGCUCCUCACCCCAAAAGUGUAGAUUAGGUGAGGAGAAUAUUGAGCAAAUACCCAGGAUUACUUACUGCAUUGAGCCAAAUAAUGUAUGUAAAGUGCUAGAUAUACUGUUCAUGUAUUGCUGCUAUGUAUAUUUUGGUAUCAUAUACUGUAUUCUUUCUGGCAGUUUGUAGUUUUCUGAUUUCUGGCUCCAAAGUCUGUCUGUGGGUGGGUUACAAAUAAAAAGACAGUUAUAUGUAUGAAAACCCAACCAGCCAGAAUAACAAAAUACCAACAAUAAAUCAACCAUAAUGCCUG